AUGGCAUUUUAUCAUUCUGCAAGAAAUUAUUGGGUUUAUCCUUUUCUUAAUUUUAAUAUUGGACCAAUAGCUGCCGUAUGGUUUAGAGAUUUUCUUGGAAAAAAAUAUGGUAGUGGUGACAAGAAACAAGAUGUUGAAAUGCAACAAGCUUCAAUUUAA